GGGGUCCAUCCAUCCUUCCUCACACGCUCCAUGCUUCCCAAGUCGUGUCCGCCCAAAGGCGACAGCAUUUAUUAGGCUCACCAGCCGCAUCGUUUCGAGAACGGCCACCUCUCCACCAUUGCAGCCCAGAGCUUUGCUCUUCAUCUCGUCGUACCCUUCUCGUUCGCGAGCAGCCCGACUGCCACGACAGAGCACAACCUGCGGCCUACCGCCUGCGACUCGCUCCUCCCGCCGCAUCACCACCUCGUCCGCUGUUCCUGUGUCAAGAUACCCCUUCCCGCACCUCUUCCCCGACUCUCGUUGUGCUUAACCUGGCUUUGCGGGGCAACUGCUGUCGGCCACGAUGAGUUUCGCCGGAAUGCUCAAUCGCCUCCACGGGCAACCCGAGAGCUAUGACAAAAAAUCCAAGUACAGAUUCGGUCGAACUCUCGGUGCUGGCACGUACGGCGUCGUGCGAGAAGCCGAUGGGCCGACCGGAAAGGUGGCAGUAAAGAUCAUUCUGAAGAAGAAUGUCAAAGGCAACGAACGCAUGGUGUACGACGAGCUUGACAUGCUUCAAAGGCUGAAGCACCCUCACAUCGUCAAAUUCGUCGACUGGUUCGAAUCGCGGGACAAGUUCUACAUCGUUACGCAGCUAGCUACUGGAGGCGAGCUAUUCGACCGCAUUUGCGACCAGGGAAAGUUUACCGAAAAGGAUGCUUCGCAAACGAUCAAGCAGGUGCUUAGCGCUGUCGAUUUCCUCCACGAAAACAACGUCGUCCACAGAGGUGCGCCGAUGCCGUUCUGCGUGCUGGCAUGCUCUUUGCUGACGUCCUUGUUCAUAGAUCUCAAGCCCGAAAACCUCCUGUACUUGACUAGGGAACUCGAGUCGGAUCUGGUCUUGGCGGAUUUCGGCAUUGCUAAGACCCUGGAUAGCAAGGAAGACACCCUCAAGACCAUGGCCGGCUCCUUUGGCUACGCCGCGCCCGAGGUCAUGGAGCAAAAAGGCCACGGCAAGCCUGUCGAUAUGUGGUCUCUUGGCGUCAUCACCUACACUCUGCUUUGCGGCUAUUCGCCAUUCCGCAGCGAAAACUUGCGGGACUUGCUUCACGAAUGUACAUCGUCGCAAGUUGUUUUCCACGAGCGCUACUGGAAGGAGGUGAGCGAAGACGGCAAGGACUUUAUCCUCAAACUGAUUGUGCCGGAACCCGAACAGAGAUGGACAAGCAAGCAAGCACUGGGUCACAUCUGGUUGACAGGCAAGAACGCAACCGAGCACGACUUGGUGCCGGAGCUGCUCAAGGGACGCGAGGUCAGGCGCAAGUUCAAGCACGCCGUUCUGGCUGCGAGUCUGCAAAAGAGGAUCGCGGAUCUGAAGGAGGCGGACUCGGACUCCGACAACGAGAUGAGGGACGCCGAGCAAGCCAUCCCCAGCGCGUUGUCUUCAUCUCUAUCGAAGCCCGAAGCGAAGACUGCCUCCCUGAGGGACAAGAUGGGCGGCGCCAUGUUUCGUGAAGUGGUGCUCGCGAAGCUCAAGGAUGAGAAGCAGAAGAAGGAGGCACUCGCGGUUGAUCAGGAGCUCGAAGAUGAGGCUAGGCGGCGCAGCUUCAAUGGCUCAUCCUCAGCUGCUUAGGCAUCGUUGUGUUGCUGCGUUGCUUUCUAUGCGGUUUCUUGCAUUGGUUCGUUCUAUUAGCCCGUUGUGCCGAACCGAAAUCGGCUCGUCGUGGUAAGAAUUCUUUCUGGGCCACGUUCAUCUUCACUACCUGAUUGUAUCUCCUGGAAGAUUUUGUUCUUUGACCUCAUGGCCCCUCGCCCACCGCACUCUUCGAGACACGUCCCAGGGAGCCUAUCUGGUAGCCUGAGAUGUAUCAUUGGAAAAUAAACCUGAUUAUACGUCACUCGAAGUUUGAAAUUUGACCUGCCGAAACUACGAGAAUACGAUGAGAAGUCGAGGCGCCAUGUCCCGUGACAAAAGGGGCGAUUUAAGCUCCGUAUUUUUGUUUAACACUAUUCUGCUCAUCUAUCGUUCAGGCAUGGCUUGGUCGUUACAUCAGUGAUAGUACAAAGCUGGCAUGCAACCGCGCGUGAAGCGCGACGGCCGCAAUGCGGAAAGGCAGGGUGAACAGCCGGGCCCCCCCUCCCAAACGUGGGCUUCAAUGUAUAGGUUCGAAGCGAGCAAAGAGGAACUGUGGCCAUGCUAUCUGCAAGGAAUACGACCAGAAACAGAAGAGAGCAUGCAUGAACAAGCCUGCCUUGCACGGACGACCUUGAUGAUGUCGUGUGGACAGAGAUGGUGGGAGUGAGCGGUCGCACGCGAACGAGGCGUUCGGUCGACGAUGGAGGGUCAGGAAUUGAGCUCAGCCAGGACGUUUUCGCAGAGAUUUUGGUAUUUCCUGGCGUCGAAGCGACGCCGUCGCCAGCCGCAGGCGCGUAGCCGCUCGAUGCGAGUGCCAAUGUCGACAGGUUCGGAUGCGGAGGAUUGGCCCUGGCCUGACUCCAGCUCUCCAUCCAGCGUCGCCAUGUGCUUUUCGAUUUGACACCGGAUGCUUGCAAGUACAACGCGGUACUGGGGCCCGAAAGUGUCCUGGCAGCAAAGGGGGUCCUCCACCGACUCGUCUUCCCGGAUCAGCUCGGGUGUCGCAGUCAACGGCAAGGGCUCUUCUUGACACUCUGACAUGUUGUGGCCAUGCUUCAGGAUCGAUUCUGGGUAGAACGGCUCGGGUGAGGAGCGGCCCAACCAGUCGUCAAAACCCAAGGUGGGGGAGUCUGGCCGAAUAUAGGGCUCCAUGAUGGGCACGUCGCGGAACGCAACCCUCUUCUUCUUGCGUUUCCCCGCAGGUGAGGAACCUUUGGAUGGUGAGCAGCCGUCAAUGGUAGAGCUGGCGGACAAUACGGGCGACGCCACUCUGGUCGGGGUGCUUGGUGGGGAGGAGUCGUCCGUGCU